CCGCUAACAUCACAAAAUCGGCGAAGGAAAUAAAAACAAUAGGGAGAAGACAAGCUGAGGAAUACAUGAUCAGUUGACUCAUUUGGGUACUUUAUAACAAGCUUGUGAACUUUGAAUUACAAACUAUAAGCCGGAUUUUUUUUCGACAUGGGAGUUGAUGCGACAGGUUAUGGUGCAUGCAUCUUAUUUUCAAACGGAAAUGCAUCGCAUUGCUGAUCAAAUGGCUUGAACAAAGAAGUUAAUCGUGAGGUUGGAGUAGGUUUUUGUGUUUAAAAUGGCUUUGAAUGUAACGCUUGGUAAUGAUUCUGGCCUUGAUUCGGCGCGGAGAAAAACUGAGAUGAUUUUGAAUCUGUCCAAACAGAUAACAACAACUCAAGAAAUACCGCGAGAAAUGACGUUUAAUGACGAUGGUCUUAUUGCAGUAACUGCUUAUUCGUGCCUUUUUGUCAUCGCUGCCUUUGGGAAUCUGACUGUUUUUCUCACCUUGUUUAGAAGCAGACACCGAAAAUCCCGUGUAAACAUGUUCAUCAUGCACUUGUGUAUCGCGGAUUUGUUGACCACGUUCGUCAUGAUGCCACUUGAGACAGCUUGGCAUAUCACGGUCGAAUGGAAAGCGAGUGAUGCUGCGUGUCGGAUACUUAUGUUCUUUAGGGCUUUUGGAUUCUAUCUUUCAUCUUUCGUUCUUAUUGCUAUAAGCUUGGACCGGUACUUUGCAAUUGCUCACCCAAUGAGUAUAAUGGACGCGGGUAGGAGGGCGAAAAUCAUGUUGAUUUUUGCUUGGUUAUGCAGCACAAUAGCGAGCAUCCCACAGAGCAUCAUAUUCCAUCUAGUCGCACAUCCGGUACAUAAGGGUUAUAACCAAUGUGCAACAUUCGGUUUCUACCCAACCCCAGCUCACGAGCUUGCCUACCAGCUUUUCAACGUCAUCGCCAUCUACGUCGUCCCUCUGCUCGUUAUUGUGAUAUCGUAUACCCUUAUUCUUUGUGAAAUGUCCAAGAGAUACCGCCAGGGUCGAGAUGAGAUGGAUUUACCGACAUACACCACGCAAAAUGGCCGACGACAUUCGAAGCUCAGGAGAUCGUGUCUCGGCCACAUAGAGAGGGCGAGAGUAAGAACACUGAAAAUGACAAUUGUGAUAGUUUUGGUUUUCAUCCUCUGCUGGACACCGUAUUAUUUCAUACUGGCAUGGUACUGGAUUGAUAAGGUCUCCGCUCAAAAUAUAGACCGUAAAGUCCAACGAGGAUUAUUCCUGUUCGCCGUAUCAAACUCAUGUAUGAAUCCAAUCAUUUAUGGCAUGUUCACAACCACAUUCCGGCGCGAAAUCAGGACCUGGUACUGCAACCUCAAAGACCAAAUGACAGGGAUGUUUACGAACAAUUUCAUACGGGACUUUCGGCGGUGUUGCUGGUGCGCGAGAGUGAGAAUGAGGAAGAGCAGCUCAGAGGAGAGAUUGCAGGGCUCUCAAGGACACCAUUCAGCACGUUAUGAUGAUGCGUGUGGUCCUGGGCAGCCACUUCGGCGCCAUGAGCCCUUCAUCAAAGUGAAAUCGAUAUCCUCUGCUGCAAAUCACCACAACGAUAAAUUCUACAUGGAUAAUUCUACGUGUAGCUCGUGUGCAUCCGGUUCUCGUAUGAGGAUGAGCCCGAUCAUUGUCGCAUCGCCCAGGUUCAACCGCAUCAACGUCAUAAACGCCGUGGAUACCAUAUGACCAUUAUAGAACGAAGGCUCGUGUGAUUGAUUUUGUGAUUUUAUUCUGGUUGCCUGGCCUUCGAAAACUGUCUGACUGGACGAAAUGUGUUGUGAAUAAUUGACAAAUGAAACGCCAUUCAGUUCCUUAAAGAGGACCUGUUCUGAUCGUCGUGAUGACUCGGUUUCGACGGAAUCGUGCGAAAAAAGUGCCGUUACUUUAUAAAAUUCAUUUCUAGGGAUAAGCGGGAGUAUUGCAAAUUUCAGUGUAUUUGAUAUUGAGAAAUGGACAGUGUUCGUAGAGAGAUACGAUAUUAAAAAACUGUAAAUUGUGAAAUUUUGUGCCUAUUAAGGUUUUGCGAUUUAGAAAAAUUUCUGUAAAAACAAACACUUCGCUAUUUCCUUUUUGUUGAUUUCAAAUUUUCUUUUUGUCUCUCCAAUCAAAAUUAUUUUCGCUUUAUUUUACCUUGGCGUGUCGCAGUUAUUCGCGAAAAUAAAACGCCCGCAAAGAUUUGACGGUUUACAGUACAUGUAUAUAGAGACCUUUACUUCAGAUAUCUCCAAACAUUCUUGCAUACAUGUACCUGUAUAUAGUAUUUCAUGCAGGCAAAAACGGGUUUUUUUUGCAAUGGUGGUCAGAUACAUGUUUUCAUCCACGACCGGUGUAAUGUUUUUGAGUGUUUCUGUUUUUGAGUGUUUCCCCUCAUUGUUUGGGAACGCUCAAAAAUAGAUUGACAAGUUUUUCUGUGUAUCCCCCCUAUUGAAAAGUCGUGGUCUCUCUAGCUGCCUAUUGUUUGGAAACACUGACACAUGGGGAACAACCACAGAUGUUACACCGGCAGUCAAAUAGAGCUUAUUCAAAUGUCAAGUUGUAGUAAAUACAUGGCUGGGAUGGAUCAAAGUGGAAUUAGAGUCAGGCCGUCAAAGAAAUAUGCUUUUUUACAAUAUAUUUAAGAUUGUGGUCUCACUGGUCAGUUGAGAACUCAUAUUUUGAUAGGGCCUUAUCAACACGAGUGAGUCAUUUUUUUCUCAGGCAUUUGGUAUUGGAAUCAUGUCAAAUUUUAUCAUGAUAUUGGUAAAGAAUUCUUCUUACCACAUACAAAAUUGGUGAGGAUCGAUUGGCCCUUGGAGUACUUUUUUACCCAAACCUUUGAACAGCAAUGUACAUGUAAUGUACACGGUGUCCAAUACAGGGCUCGGGCCUCUUUGUGCUAAUACUUGUACAUGUAGUUUUGUCAACAUCAGCUGUAUUUGCCCCGAACGGUGUCAAUGACUUUCUGACAAUACAUCGAACUGUGACAUGCACUUAAUGACAUGUUAGCAAUCAAAUUAAUUGGACCGAUAGGUCUCGUUAACCCUCACGAACGAAGUACGGUUAUGAAAGUCCAUAAUGAUGUAAGCGUAUUUUAAAGACGACGAUUUAAAAAAAAGCUCUAUUCCUCGGGCUAAUAAUUAAGGAAUUAAUACCGAGCUGGCGGUCAUUGGUUGUAUAAUCAAGACCGCUCGGGUAGACCGAAAAUGCAGUCCAAAACCCGAGGCGCUUCGCCGAGGGUUUUGGACGUAAUUUGAGGUAUCCUCCCUACUUCACAAAUCCCAAUAUCGGGGAAUACUUCAGAAUCUCGUGUUCUUGACAUUGUUUUGUGGGGCUGAGUCGUUGCUUCUUGGUGAAAAUAAUUCGUCUGCUAAAAUUCAGAAUUUUAUACCUACCCAGGCGGUCAUUGGUUACGAUACCAAGACCGCUCCGAUCAAAACGAGGCGUAAUGUAUUUUGUAUUAGAAACAAUGAUAUACUGUGACCAAGGCCUUUUAGAAUGUCAAUUUAUCAGUGUCGCGGGUGAAUUCGCGCAGAAAUUGAUUGUACGUUAGACCUUCGCACUUUGUUCUUCGUCCAGCUAGCACUGGUAGGAGGCUUUUUCCGACUUUUUCUAAGAAUAUCAAUAUUAAAACGCUUUCUAUAACUUUUUCCUGAUUUAUCCGACAAAAGUCCGACAUUGUCCGAUAUUUUCCCUGAAAGGUCGGAUGUCUAGAAAACCUGUGAAAAAAUAGUAGGGCUUCCCAAAAUAGGACAUUAGGACAUUGGGGUUAAUGAGGUGUUUUGACCUUUGUCGGAUAAAUCAGGAAAAUGCUCGAGAAACCGUUAAGAAGUUGGAAAAAGCCUCCAAUAGUGUAGCUUAUAGACACACAGCAUCAGAAUGUUUGCUGCGAAACCUAGCAGCUGCAGCGUCGCCAUCUCUCCAUUAUCUGUAGCAAUUCUGGAGACAGGGAGAAUCACCUUCCAGAUCAGGAGCGAAAUUGGCUACAGUUUUCUUAUUACUUAUUCCUUAUUCUCUGGCUAGGAGCGUAUCAGUGUCUUUAGGGGUAAGGGCGAAGUCAUUCAUCGGAGGCGGGGAGGGGGGGGGGUGUAAGGGACUUGAUGAAUUCAGUUAUUGGAACGACGAGCUGAAUGCUUACCCCAUAACCAUACUGUCCAAGCCUAAACUUAAAUUGAGCAACAGGAAUGUUUAAAAGUGACAGAGAUUAAGAUAACGUCUGCCAUGACUUCUGGGUUGCUGUUUAUGUACUUCACUUAGAAGAAUACUAUUCCUAUCGGCCACCGAAGAUGCAUUCUGGCUGAUAUCUACUGUAUGGUUUGAAACAAAGAUCCAGUCGUCGUGUUCGAACUUCCGCUGCCUUGUUUUUGGUGACUUCUAGGGGUACUCCCCCCCCCCCCCCCCC